AUGAAGAGAAACGAUCGUCGUAGGAAGAAGAACAAGAACACCGCUUCAUCGAGCCGUGCGAAGAUCAUGAAGACCACUGCCGCCCAAUCACCCGCCGGAUCAUCCAAGGAGAUCACGACGACCACCGCCCAAUCACCCGCCGGAUCAUCCAUGGAGAUCAUGACGACCACCGCCCAAGUACCCGCCGGAUCAUCCAAGGAGGAGAAGGAGACUGAGCAGAAGAAUCAGUACGUUGAUAAGGGCACUCCUGAGGCCAUUCAAGCUUUGGUUGCUGAGGCGUUACAGGUUACUGCGAAGGGACAUCUGGGCGAAGCAAAAAAUGAGGUGAUUCUACGGCUCGUAGAUUGUGUCAAGUGGCACAAACACCAGCGGGAUCUUCUUGACUGGGCUGCAGCCAAACCAGUGCUAGAACCUAUCGCUGAGAAGAAGUUUAAAGACCUCCUAAACUUGACUUUAUAUGUAGCUCAGGCGGCCGAUUCAAUGACGGCUACAGUGAAGAGAAUGCGAGCAGGGGAGAAACCUCCUGUACCACCAAAGUUUGUUCCUUUCACGCUGCAGGAGCAACCUCCCCUACCACCAAACCAGGGCUCUGGAGCUUAA